ACCAAACAACGUAACUUUGGUUUUAAUUUCCAAAGAAGUGGUUUUUUUUCCAACACUUACUCGCAGGUUUUAAUUUUCUUUUAAUCCGUUGACAUGUUUUCCUGUUGUUUUCGUUUUAUUUAAAGCGUUUUGACAAAUCAAGAUAAAGGGUUGUUUUUCUUUUCUGGUCUGUAAAUUGCUACUGGAAUAAAGUGAAGUGAAGCGAGAAAAAGCCAUUCUUCGCUUUAAUAACAAGUCAAUAGGCGAUAUUUUCUUACGUCAGUAAGCAGUUGUUAUGAAAAUGACAUGACAGUAAAGAAAGAUUUAGAGAACAAGUUUUUGGCAUUCAAGAUGAUAAAGAACAAGUUUUCGAUAAGAAAAAUUUUACAACUGAAAGUUGAGAAUGAAAUGCGUUUUUUUGAAGUUGAGUGGGAAAAAACAUGGGAGAAUGAAGAAUAUAUCCGCCAAAUAGCACCGGAUCUUUUAGAUGAGUUUUUGUCAAAGGAAAACUCUUAUAACGUAAAAUAUAAGAACGACACGACACCUAACGAAACAAGUGAUACUACUGCUUCAUUUACUUGCAAUGAAUCAGUCUCAAAACCAAGAAGGAUUGGGGGGAUACAAGCAGUUAUUUCAAGACUUAAAAUGUCUCAAUGCCUAGAACAAAAACCCGCCAUAUAUACAACUACAAAAGACGAACAAUGUAAUGAUCAAGUUGUUAAACGGAUUGAUAAAGAAAACAUUAAUAAAUCACCAAAUCAAAUUCAUGAUCCCGAUAGAUCGAAGUGUUUAAUAGUUGAGAAUAAUUCCACUGAAGGUUAUACUCACCAGCAAUAUUCAAAAACUCACGAGUCAUAUUCUAACUUAAUACCAGCAAAUAAUAAUUCAAAGUUUUCUUCUUUUAAAUCACAUCAUUCACCUUUAUCGCGUGAAAAUAGUUUGAAUCGAAACACUAGCUCUCAUGGUUAUAAUCAAUUGUCUGUUGAAAAUACAAAACUCUCGUUUGAUAAUUCAGGAGUCCUUUUUAAAUGUUCUAUAUGUUCUGAAAUACUUUACGAAGAUGUAAAGUAUCGUCAACAUAUGUACAUGCACGAACAAGUGAGCCUUUUAAAAAAAGAUCCGCCAAAAUUGUUGAAACCAGGUACGUUCGAGUGUAAGUUUUGCAAUAUGAUAUUUGAUGGAAAAGACAAAUUAAAAAUGCAUUACAAUGAAAAUCAUGAAAAAGAGUUUGUCAACACACAGCCAACGGAUCAGCUAUAUUCUUGUUCUCAAUGUCAUCAAAGUUUUUUGAUAUUAUCAGCAUUGCAAAAACAUUUCGAGAUGCAUCCAUUGCAUGCUGCUCAAGCUUCAGAAAAUAUAAAAGUUCAAAAUUCCGAUGAGAAAGUAGCAAAAAUAAAAGAGGAAAUAGAACUUGAGGACUACUCUGACCAACAAACGUGUAAUACAAGCUUGCUUUACCUGUCUUCUCAAAAUCAAAAAGUCUUGGAAAAUAAAAACUUUGUAAAUAAAUCUCCUUCAAUGGCAACCAUGACAGCUUUAGAUUUUCAACCUGUAAACGAAGCUCUUAUGCUGAAAAAGGGUGAAUGCAGACUAAUUGAUAAUUUAGAUGAAAAGAAAUUUUUUCGAUGCAAUCUGUGCGAUGAAAUGUUUGAAACGGAAAGCGACCGUGCGCAACACUCUUUGAUACAUGUAGAUCGUUCUAACUCAUUAGACUGUCACGUAUGUGGUAAACAGUUUCGUCAUCGAACUAAUCUUACCACGCAUUUAAUUGUUCAUAGUGGUGUUAAACCGCAUCAGUGUGCAGUUUGUUUUCGGCGUUUUACUCAGAAAGUUAACCUCCAACGCCAUAUGCAUAUACACGAAGGCAGCCGACCAUAUCGAUGUUCAAUGUGUUCGAAAUCUUUUACUCAAAAAGCAAAUUUACAAAGGCAUAUACUUUCACAUACAGAGCAAAAUAAAGAUGAUUUUGUACAAGCUUCAAGAGAUAUUUUAAGUGAAUCUGAUUUUAUCGAUGAAUCGAAUGAUUUUAUUGAUGAUGGAGUUGAAAAAAAUACUUUUUUAUCAUCAACAAAAGAAUUCAGUGACGUUUCCAAUAAUAAUGAAAAUCUAAUUUCAUUUGAUCGUCAGGAGUUCCGUUGUGAUAUAUGUGAAAAAACAUUUGCUCAGAAAGCCAAUCUUCACAAACAUCUUCUCAUUCAUUCUGGGUCCAAACCUUUUCAAUGUUACGUAUGUGGCAAAGCAUUUCGUCAGCGUUCUUCAUUACAAAAGCAUUACACUAUACAUACAAACGGUUCAAGUAGUUUUAUGUGUCAAACGUGCAAUCGAAUGUUUGGAUCGCGUACAAACUUGCAACGUCACAUGCUUGUGCAUGUUACAUCAACUACAGAAUGCUACAUUUGCUAUCAAAAGUGUACUACCUCAGACAAUUUAGAGAGACACUUUAGUGAACAUAUUGAAGAAGCCUCAUUAGCAAUGUCUUUGCCUCAAAAGUAUUUCGAGAAGUCCUCGGGUGAAACGUUUUAUUGUGUUGAUUGUGGAAUAAAUUUUGAUAAUCCGAUUGUCUACAACCAACACCUUCAAUGCCAUCAAAGAGAGUUUUCUGAUGAAUCACGCAUUAAUAAUCGUUUGCAUGAUGGAGCAUCUCCUUUACAAUGUGAAGUGUGUGGUGUUAUUUUUAUGUCAUCAACUAAGCUGAAAGAACAUAUAGAAACAAAUCAUACUUUAAGUAAAAACUCAUUUGAUCCAAACAGCAAGUUCAAUGUUUCUAGCGUCCAGUCUUCUAAACUACUAGAACUUAAUAAGUCAUUAGUGCCAAAAUUGAAAGACGAGCAAAUUUCUACUCCAAUUGAGUUUGUUUCAAGGCAUGAUAAUCGUUUAGAAAAUCAUAAAGAAAAAAAAACAACUCGUGUUUCGCGCUGCCCAUUAUGUAAGCAACUUUUCUUAUCUAAAACUCACAUGAAAGAACAUUAUGCUACCGUGCACAGUGGUGAAAACCUUGAUUUACAUAAAAAAAGUAAAAAUGUAAAUCAAAUCCAGUCCCAAAGCUUUUCUAUUUCCCCAAAACAAUUCGAAACAGAUACACUACAGUUAAACACUUCAAGUGCGUUUUCAAUUCAUAAAAUUGAAACAGACGAGAAAGAUGAUGGUGAAGUUGAACUAAUCACUGAAGACGAAGAACAGAUGAUUAAAGACAAUCAAGAGUUUAUUAAAGAUAAUAUUUUAGGUGGAUCACACGAAUACGAAUCUAAAGGACGAUAUGAAAGAGGAAAUUAUAGUUGUAAAAUUUGUAACCGUACUCUUACUUACAAAUACAGCUUAGAAAAACAUAUGCUUAUUCAUACUGGUAUUUAUCCUUACAAGUGUCAUCUGUGUUCAAAACGAUUUAACCAUAAACCAAAUCUAGAUAAACAUUUAAUUGUUCAUAGCGGAGAGAAACCUCACGUCUGCCAUUUAUGCCAUCGAGCGUUUAGUCAAAGAUCAAACCUUCAACGUCAUCAACUUACACAUACACAGAAUCGUGAUUUUGUAUGUGAAAUUUGUGGCAAAAGAUUUAAUCAUAUGGCUUCGUUAAAAACGCAUUCUCUCAUUCACACUGGAGCUAAACCAUUUUCAUGCUACAUUUGCACGAAAAGGUUUAACCAGAAAGGGAAUUUAAAAAGACAUGUUCAAACUCAUAAAACUGGAAAAAGAAAUCGGCUAAGCAACGAAUCAAAGAAUAAUGAAGUUGACUUUAAUGAAGAAAACCUCUCUUAUUAUAAUGGUGAAAAUAGUGAAAAUAGUGAAGACGAAUUAAAUUCACAUUAUAAUCCAAUUAAAAAAGAAGAUUACAUGAGUACUGAGGAACCACUACCAACAAUGUUGGACGAUUUAAGCCAAAGUAAUUCUAUAACUAGUGAGAGAAGCGAGCAACAGAAAACUAGUGUGUUAGAAGAAUUGAACCAUGACAACGACGAUAUUCUAACAAUUGUUCCGUCGGACGAACUGUCAGAAUUCGGUAAACAAAAAAUGAAAACAAAAAAAGAAUCCUAUCAUUGCGAUUCCUGUUCAAAAUUAUUCGUAUCAAUGGCAAGUCUUGAAUCCCAUAAGCGCGCGCAUCACAGUCUAAUUGUUUGCGAUGUAUGUGGCAAACAAUUUUCUCAAAAAGCAAAUUUACUCAAACAUAAGUUAAUCCACAUGAAUAAAAAACCUUUUCCAUGUCAGACAUGUCACAAGGCAUUUCGGCAAAAAGCAAAUUUACAACGCCAUGAAAUGAUUCAUAACAAAGAACGAAAAUCUUUGACCUGUGAAUUAUGUCAAAAAUCUUUUAGAUGUCUGUGGAGUCUCAAACAGCAUGUUAAAAAUCAUCCUGAAAGGACGUCAUUUAGCUGUACAUUUUGUGGAGAAACGUUUGAGGAAAAAGCGCAACUUUUACGUCAUUAUAUUGUGCAUAAAGGAAUAACUGUUUAUUCAUGCUGCAUUUGUUUACAAAAAUAUCAAUCAAAAGAUAAUCUUUUAGCGCAUAUGACAACCCACGAAAACGUGCCUUUAGAUAUUCAGCAAAGAAUCGAAGAAGAUGAAGGUCAAGAUUUAUUAACACAAGACGACAUUCCUGUUGACAUUGAGCCUACUUUUGUUGCCAAGAUGGAAUCGUAAAAGCUAUUAUAAUUCAGUACUUAUUAAAAAUAGAUUUCUUCAUAGAUUUAACAGUUAUAUUUUUCUACUACUUUUUUGGCAAAAAUUAUUUAUAAUAUUGUAAAUUAUUUUUUGUAUUAGUAAUAAAUUUUGUA